UAAAUGGGAGGACGGCACCAGUUUGGAAAGCUGCUUGGGAAGCAUAACAUGUCUAUGAGGAAGGAGAGGGACAACAUGGCUGGCAUUGCAACCUGCAGCAGACAGCAUUUGCAGCAAUAUGAAGAACUCCGUGUGAAUGGAGAAGCCAGUUAUGCUGUUGUGAGCCAUCCCCCCUUCCCCUCCCUCUUCCCCACACUGUCCUCUCCGCUCUGGACCGCUCCUCCGGGCAUGCUACUUAAGCCAAAGUAUGGCCGCUUCCGGAACGACUCUGUGACCUCCUCCGACGACCUGAUGCAGAGCCUAGCCAUGAGCGGGAAGGUGGUGGCCACGCCGGUGGCCUCCUCGUCCACGCCUGGCUUGGAGCUGCCACCCCUGGAGACUGCUGCCCUUCCUCCGCCUUCGGCCCAGGUGCUGGCUGACUCACCCGGGCUGGACGGCGAGCAGGACAGCACCACCACUUUCUGCAUGCUCAUUCCUAAGAUGCCCCAUUGGAAGUUCUCCAAUUCAUUGCUCAGUCGUAGCCCGUCCAAUAGCAGCUCCAGCUCCAAUUCCAGCAAGGAUUCCGGCAGGGCGCCUCCGACCAAUAGUUCCCCUGCUGCGGCUUCAGGGGGGGCGGUUGCCGCCAGUGGUCCCGUGGCUAGUCUUGCAGCUGUGUUCAACUCCUGUGACCCUGUUUGUGUGGGCCCAUGUUCCCUACAGGCCGCCAGGAGGCAGAGGGCCAGUCCAAGAGAGUCCAGCACAGGGGCCACUGAGGGGAGUCCUGGGAGCUUCAGGACCGGGAUGAACCGGAGGACCAGGGUGGAGGGAAUGUGGCUGGGAGAUAACUUCACCCAGAAGGGCAGCUUCAUCAACAAGCCCUCGCAGGGGUGGUUGCACCCAGACAAAAAGAUCAGCAGCACGGGGGCUUCGUACAUCGUCAGGUACAUGGGCUGCAUUGAGGUUCUGAAAUCAAUGAGAUCUUUGGACUUCAGCACUAGGACACAAGUCACAAGGGAGUCCAUCAACAGGUUGUGUGAAGUUGUACCCGGAGGAAAAGCUGCCUGGAAGAAGAAAGCCACCAAUAAAAACCUCCAGUCUAUCAUGGGGAAGAGUAACCUGCGUUUUGCUGGAAUGAGCAUCGGUGUCAACAUCUCCAUUGACGGCUUGAGUCUACUCGUCCCCACCACACGACAGGUGAUUGCCCAUCACCCCAUGCAGUCCAUAUCUUUCGCCUCUGGUGGAGACUCGGAUACACCAGAUUACGUCGCUUAUGUAGCCAAAGACCCUGUCAAUCAAAGAGCAUGUCACAUCCUGGAGUGCUGUGACGGUCUCGCCCAGAAUGUGAUCAGUACCAUCGGCCAGGCCUUCGAACUGCAGUUCAAACAGUACCUACACAGCCCGCCCAAAGCCAUUCCCACCAUGGAUAGGACCAUACGAACAGAGGAGUCGGCAUGGGGUGAUGACGAGGAAUCAUCUGAGCACGAUUACUACAACAGCAUACCAGGAAAGGAGCCUCCUGUUGGGGGAGUGGUGGACUCUAGGCUCAGGCCUCCUGCGGGCCUACUGGGUCACGUCCAUACGCAACCACAGAGCAAAACCGCUCAGGUGGGGUCACCGGCCAAAAGAGAUGCAGGCAGCCUCCCUGCCACCCACUUGUGUUAUGAAGUGCACUGGGACAGCUCAAGUUUGACUUCCGAUGGUUACCUGCGAGCAGACGGCCAUCCUCCAGGUAGCCGCAAUUAUGAGGAACACCUGUACGUAAACACCCAGAAUCUGGACAACAAGGAGACCUUAGCGGAUGCCCGAGGAGGACGUAGACCCGACAGUCCAAAGAAAGACAUUUUUGAUAUGAGACCGUUUGAGGACGCCCUGCGUCUACACGAGGCCAGUGGAGUUUGUGUAUUGGAGGACAAGUGGCCGAGUCCCCCACGGCGCCGGGCCCCCGUGGCCCCCACAGAGGACCAGCUGCGGCGGGAGAUGUGGUAUCACGGCCGCAUGAGCCGCAGGGACGCAGAGAAUCUGCUGGGCCGAGAUGGAGAUUUUCUGGUGCGGGACAGCGCCACUAACCCGGGCCAGUAUGUGCUGACUGGGAUGCAGUGUGGGCUUCCCAAACAUCUGCUGUUGGUGGAUCCUGAAGGAGUGGUUCGGACUAAAGACAUGCUUUUCGAGAGCAUCAGCCACCUGAUCAACUACCACCUGACAAACAAGCUGCCGAUUGUUGCUGCAGAGAGCGAGUUACACCUCCAGCAGGUGGUCUGCAGAAAGAACUGACCUCCAUUUGAAGCCCAUAUAGAGUACAUGGUAAGAGGGUGCAUAGCCGUCACCUGUGCCGCCAAUCUAGAGGCCCAAUAACACUAUUGCCUUAAACAGACUCUGAGCUUCCACUGGGACAUGUGGGAUAUCGCUGUUCCUUCGGCACUGACCACAAACAGCUUUCAGCAUGUCUUGCUCAAUCAACACCUUCUUCAACAGAGAAGACCCCAACUGAGAGUUUGGCAUUGGGAAAUAAAGUGCUUGUGAUCACUGAGUUUCCCAGCAGACUGUUCUUGGCAUUGCCUGAAAUGUGAACUUAGGAGAAACACAUAAGACAAACCAUCUUAUCCUUUACAUCCAUACGAGCACUCGUCGUCAGUGAGCUGUUUCUAAAUGUGAUGUAUUGAGUAACCGUGGCUCUGAUCUUCUCUGAUGGUCACCUCUGAGACUUUGGACAUCAUUGUGUUGUGCAUACCAACGGUUUGCUCUCAGGAUUCAGUAUUUGUUAAGGACGUUAUAUAAAGCUCAUAAGCUCAGUCGCACUAAUGCAGUCGUGUCAAAUGCACAUGUUUAAUUUAUGAACUCGGGACCAAAUGUUUGGGUCGUUCUCAUGUGAUAUUGCCCUUUUUUAAAACUUAGUGAUUCAGACAUGCAUUAUACUUCACAAAUAUUCCAUUUCUCUUCUGUGUUUAGUCACAAACAAAUGCCCACAAUGUGCACAGUUUCGUUUAAAGGUGCAUUCAGUAAUUUGGUGCCAAUAAAAAAAAAAAAAAAUCAAAUAAAAACGGUCACAU